AGCACUGUCAUCAUGCCUCAGGGUCAGAAGAGUAAGCUCCGUGCCCGUGAGAAACACCAACAGACCCGUAGGGAGACCCAGUGUCUCAGGGCUGCUAAGGCCGCUGCAGCACAGGAAGAAGAGUCCCCCUCCUCUUCUUCCUCCUUCCUCUCCUCUCCUGCUUGGAGGGGUACUUUCCACAGCUCCCCUGAUGCCUCCAUUCCCCAGGAGCCUCAGAGAGCUCCAUCCACUAGCUCUCCUGAUGCAGGUGUUUCAAGCACAAGAGCUGAUGAGGAUGCUGAGACUCCAGAUGAGAACAGUACAAGCACCUCCCAGGCAGCACCCUCCACUCAGAGGUCACGCAGAGAUCUUCUGACCAAGAAGGCGAGUAUGUUGGUGCAAUUCCUGCUCGAGAAGUACAGCAAUAAAGAGCCCAUUACCAAGGCAGACAUGCUGAAGGUUGUCAACAAAAAGUACAAGGAGCACUUACCCGAGAUCCUCAGAAGAACCUCUGAGCGCUUGGAGCUAGUCCUUGGCCUUGAACUGAAGGAAGUCAGUGCCAGCGGUCAGUCCUUUGACCUCGUCAGCAAGCUGGGCCCCUCCAGCGAGGGAAAUCUGAGUGGUGAUGAGAGGUUCCCCAGGACCGGUCUCCUGUUGAUGCUCCCGUGUGUGAUCUUCAUGAACGGUAACCGUGCCAAUGAGGAGGAGAUCUGGGCAUUCCUGCAUACGUUGGGGAUGUAUGCUUGGAGGAGGCACUUAGUGUAUGGGGAGCCCCAGAAGCUCAUCUCAAAAGAUCUGGUGCAGGAAAAGUACCUGGAGUAUCGGCAGGUGCCCAACAGGGAUCCUCCAAGCUGUGAAUUCCUGUGGGGACCAAAAGCCCAUGCUGAAACCAGCAAGAUGGAAGCCCUGGAAAUUUUGGCCAAGAUCGAUGAUACUGUGCCUAGUUCCUUCCCAAACCUGUACGAAGACGCUUUGCGAGAUGAGGUAGAGAGAGCCGUAGUGAUAGAUGCAGGCAGGGUCGGCACCGUUGCCAGGGCCAGGGUGGGUUUGAGGCCCAUGCCCCGCAGCUCCUCCCAUAUCUAG